CUCAAAAGUCAAAAUUUAAUUUAAUUAUUCGUAGGUAGCUGGUAAAAUAUGCUUCGCCGUCGCCACUGACCGUUGGCAUAGAGGCCUGAAUCGUAAUGACCAAAAGCAUCGAGAUGGUCUACGAAUACAUCAUAAUCACCUCAUAGUUCGUGUGUCGUGCCAUUAAUAGUGAAAAGUCUGAUAGAGCUAGAUCGUUUGAUUUUUUUUUUUUUGAGACCAAUGUCUAGAAAUGGCCUCGUAGUCAGUACAAAGAUUCUAUGUUAAAAAAAAAAACAGUAAAAUACCAAACAUUCCACGUUCGUGUGCCGCCAAGCGAUGAUUUUUAUGAUUAUAGUCAUUGCUAUUGCUGCCGUACUGCAGAUAGCACUAAUUUCGGUUUUCAUCGGUGCUGGAGUUUAUUAUUUGGCUGAAUUUGUUGAAGAACACACUGCAUUAACAAAAAAAGUUAUAAAAUGGACAAUUCAUGUUGUGAUAAUAUGUCAUAUAGGAUUGUAUUUAUUUGACAAUAUACCUUUAACACUAAUUGCUUUGGGUCUUCUGAGCCAUAUAGUAUACUACUUUUUGCUCAUUGACUUUCCAAACUUCAACUUAACAUCACUGUCAUUUAUUUUGUCAAUUAUUCUGUUAAUUGGAAAUCACGUACUAGCUUUCAAAUUUUUCCGACAACGUUACACAACAUUAUCAGAAGUUUUAUCAUACUUCACAGUGUGUUUAUGGAUGGUACCCUUUAUGUUCAUAUUAUCAUUAUCGGCCAAUGAUAAUACAUUACCAAUCACUAAUGUGGAUGACAAUGUAGUAUCGCAUUAUUUCACUAACCGUAAACGAAGUUAUAAAAUAAAAAACCUUUUUACUUAUCUUGGUGAUAUUACUGGUAAAAACAAUCAUCUCAAGUAACGAUUCAACAUGAAGAAAUGGUAUUUAUAAUUUCAAGAUAAUAUUAUAUAUAAAUAAAAUUAUUUGUAUAUUUAUGUGUUUAAUUAUUUUGUAAGAAUAUUAAUUACCAUUGUUAUCUAAUUAUUUUAAUAAAAGAAAAAGACUGUUGAACCUACA